AUGCGCCUUGAGCUAGUUCUUGAAGCAAAUGCCAAUGCACACUCUUACCGUCCGGGUGAUUGUGUACGGGGAGAGCUGCUCGUCUGGGGCCACAGACUCAAGCAGCCAUCGGAGAUCACUGCCGAACUUCAAGGUAAACUAAGUUUGCACUCCAACAAGCGUCAAAUUGGUGCAACAUCGUCCUCUACAUACACGGGAUCCCCAUGCAACAAGUCAGACGAUGUGGUGCACACACUGUUCCAACAGACCAAGAAGAUCAAACUCGCCACAAACAACUCGACCUUUAAUCCACAGAGUUACAAUCAUGACGCCGAUUACUAUGCCCCAUUUGACUUCACACUCCCAAACAGCACCUGCCAAUGCCGCUGCCAGUUACCGCCAUCGCUUGAUAGAUCAUCGUCCGGAUAUACAGUCAAAGUCGAAUACGCCAUAAUCGUAACCAUCAAACACCGUCUGCUCUGCCGAGUAUCGAGACUCAAAACUCUCCGCCGAGCCAUAUCCUUCGAGUCAGAGCCUUCGAUCCCCGUCUUACCAUCAUCGAAUAUCGGGUCUCUCUCUGCGAGCAAGCUAUUUCCAAAGCUAUACAAAGCUCUGGCUAGCCAAGGCGUCUCGAGGAUCAGAUCACGUUCUGAUGAGUGUCUACCUCAGUAUGAGCCUACGCUGCAACUCGAGCUAUUACUUCCGUCACCACCCAUACUGACCCCGGGGAGGCCAUCGGAGAUACAGUUAAUUCUGCAUACUCCGUCAGAGCUUAUUAACAGCGAGAACAUCUACAUACGCAGUGUCGAAGCGCAGUUGGAGACUUGCAUAGAAGCCAAAGUCGGGCUGGUGAGGAAGACUGUAACGGAGACACAGACAGGCUGGAGUCUCCAAGGUAUGUUCUGUGUUGAUAGACAGAACUUCGAGUUGGACCUGGGGGCAUGGGGACAAUACCUAAUCAUAGAUGCGCUGCCAACGUCUAAGUCGUGCGUGCUGGAUACCACUCAUUUGCUUCGCAUUUCGGUGGGGAUAUCUGUAGGCGGAAGCGAGAGGACCCAGGUUGUCGAGGCAUCUCUUGAAGUCAUCAUCAUCGGCGCACCACCUAGCUAUACUGCAGUGUAUAUCUAG